GUUUUACAAAAAUGGUAGCAGUUAUAAAUACUGAGGGUAGUGAGAUACAGUUAUUCAGUUUGUUUGUAAACGUGAACCAGAUACAUCAAAAAUGAACUCUUUGGUCUUAAUCCUCCUUGUUGCCACUUUCACCUACGCCCAAGCAUCUGUCUUGGGAUUAGGAGGAGCCGUUACCUUAGUCGGUCCCGCAAAUCCUGGUGCUCUUAUUCAAGGACCCGCAGCCCAUGCUGCAGUCCUUGGACCCGAUGGUAGUGCCAUCACUGCAGCCGCCCAAGCUGGAGCCGUCGCAGCAGCUCCAAUUGCCGGAGGAGUAGUGAGUGCCGCAGUUGCCCCAGGAAUAGUCGGUGUACCUGGACUUAUUGGAGUCUCCCCGUUAGGUCUUGGUUUAGGAAUUGGACACGGAUUGGGAAGAUAAAAAAAUGGAUUUAGAAUUUAAGUAAUCGCUUUUUGUAAUAUAUGUAUUUUAAAAAUAGUUUGUUUUUAUUUACUAAUAGACUCAACACGCUGUAGUAAAAAAUCUAUAAUUAACUCAAGACUGCUAAAUCCAAUAGCAUUAGGAUUCACUCAUGGAUUU